GAAAUCGCAUCCUGAGCAUAGAACGCAAACUGAACCAGGAUCACAACCAGUCAUCCAUCACCAAUAAACUUCUGACACCAGCUUUAGGAAACUGCAGAAACACAGGGACAGGAGAGAACCAGACACAAAGGUAAAGAGCUGUUUCACUGCAUAUAAAGUCACUGGCAACAAGGCACAAGCAGAACGACGGAUCUAAGAGAAUACCGAACACGAGAGUGAAGAAAAGAGUUGUAGAAAUAGAAAUCGGGGGAGCAUCCAAGUGUAACCAAGGCAAAGAAGAAGAAGCAAACAGUUGUGUAGUCUGGCCAUUCACAGCCUGCUUCACAAUGUGGUUCCUGGCUGUAAUGUGGAUCUCCAGCCUUCUUGUAGGCACUCAGGCUCAGAGCACUGCCAGCUUCUGGAAAGGGAAUGACCGCAACAAGCGCUGUCAGUACACCUUCACAGUGGACAGCCCUACAGAAGCCAGCUGCCCCUCGACAGCAUCCAAUGCUGAGAUGGAAGCCCUGAAAUCUCGACUGGGACUGGUAGAGGCAUUGAUAGCCCGCCUAACUGGAGGUGAAGCAUCAGGUACUGAAGCUCAGAUGGGACUUCGGACAGCCUACACCCAGGUAACUAGAGAGAGGGACAGGUUGCAGCAGGAGAAAGCCAGGCUGUCUCAGCAGGUGGAGCAGCUCCAGCAGACAGUAGAAGAGCUCCAGCGUGAGGUGGAGAGGCUGAGGAGCAGACCAUGCACACAGCCGCCUCCCCAAAGCGUGUCACUGUAUGAUAGCAGCCUCCAACCAGGGACAGGCACAUCCCACUCUCAUCUGGUCUCCAGGCCAGGCAGAACACAAGGAGACACAAGCAAUCUGAGAGAUCCCUCUUGGUCCAUUGGUAGUCCGUCAUACCAGGAGUUGAAGGCUGAAGUCGCUGAAUUUCCUGCCCGAAGACCAGAGAACACUGAAGACAGUAGCGGCUGUGGUGAGCUGCUGUGGGUGGGAGAACCAGUGACCCACCGUAAGGCAGACAGCAUCGCUGGUAGGUAUGGCGUGUGGAUGCAGGACCCAGAAGCUGUGAGCCCUUAUGGCUCCAACAUGGUGUGGCGAAUCGACACAGUUGGCACAGAGGUGCGCCAACUCUAUGGCUAUGAAGAUAUGGAUCAGCUCUCUCGUGGCUUUCCAGCCAAAGUGCUGCUCUUGCCCGAGGCGGUAGAGAGUACAGGUGCUGUUAUGUACCGGGGCUCACUCUACUACCAGCGGCGGCGUAGCCGUAUGCUCAUUCGCUACGAGUUAGGAUCAGAGAGUGUUGCUGCCCGCCGAGAACUUCCACAUGCCGGCUUCCAUGGCCAGUUCCCCUACUCAUGGGGUGGCUACACAGACAUUGACUUUGCUGUAGAUGAGAAUGGGCUCUGGGUCAUCUACAGCACCAACAAGGCUAAAGGUGCCAUUGUGAUCUCCCAGCUGGAUCCUCACAGCCUGGAGGUCAAGAAGAGCUGGGAGACCAACAUUCGGAAAACCACAGUGGCCAAUGCCUUCAUGAUCUGUGGCAGGCUGUACACCGUGGGCAGCUAUGCCUCACCCAACACAACAGUCAACUACAGCUUUGACACAACCACCAGCCAAAGCAAGGCCAUUGCAGUCCCCUUCCAAAAUCGGCACCGUUACAACAGCAUGAUCGACUACAACCCAGCUCAGAGGAAGCUUUUUGCCUGGGAUAACUACUAUAUGGUGUCUUAUGACAUCCGGCUGGGGAAGCAACAGUGAUUGGGGGUGGGGUAUGUUGGGAGGGUAGCAGAUUGUAGACUGCAAAAAUAUGGUUAUGCUGGCUUUGCAGCUAUUCAUAUGCAUACAGUUUGAAAUGAUCACAAGCAUAAGCAAAAUCUGUAGCGGUCAUCAAACAUUUUAUAAACCUAUGCACAAGUUGAAAUGUAUUUAAGUAGCUACAUACUGCAGAAAAAUCACAGGCACAUAUCAGUCCUUUUCCAGUGCAAUCAGGCACCAUUUGUGAUCCGGUUUCAUUUAUUAUUGAGCCGAGUGCCAGCAUUAGUACAGGUAGCCAGUCAAACAAAGCAGCACUAGAUCCAGUUUGUUUAUCAUUUCUGCUUGUAACUCGUUAUUUAAAAUGUACAUAUCUAAGAAUAUUCCAAGAGUAAGAGAGAAUUUACCUUUUUGUUUAUCUUUAAAAAAAAAAAAGCUAACUACCAAACCAUCUUAUUUUAAAUAUGAAUAGUUUUAUGUUCUGCCUUGCAGGGGCAUGGCCCACUUGCUGUAUUAGAGAAAUUAUUUUUCUACAGUUUGUGAUUUGUUUGUAUACAGCACUGUAAGGAAGUCUGAGGGAGAGGAAAGCACACCCAACUAUGCAGAUUUACAAAACUAAUUCUUGUACAUAAAACGUUUGUCAGGUUCUAAAAGUUUUAACUCCCUCACCUUGCUUUAGCUAGUCAGAAUAUGCAUUUUUUAAAAAAUCAACACAGCAUGAUACUGAUUUUUAUGGAUAUUCAUGAAACUAUGUUAGUACAAACUCAGUCUGAAUAAAGAUCAUCAUAUGAA